AGGACUUGCUUUGAUUUUAUUGCAGAUCGUAUAUACAUGUUUUUAUAGCGAAAAACUUUAUAUUGGUUUAAGUACAAUGUCUCGCCAACGAAGUCGAAUGUACGAGGCAAAACAACGUUUAUUUGCAUCGCGUCGAAUCCCUACAGUUGUUCCUGGUGUACCGAAUCUGAACGAUCUUUUAACCAACCACAGAAUACAGUCUCCUCCAAUUCCAGCUCUGCCUCACGGUUACAAGUCACCGCUAGCACCAGGUUACGUGGUACCAUACAAACACGACUACGGUAUUGCUGCAGAUGCAACUGUCAACCUCUUACUCGCCUUCCUAUCCCUCUCUACCGCCCUCAGGAAAAAUGCUCGCUUGGAAAUGAUGAGAAAUCCUCCUACUCCAAUUACGAGACCCGUUGCUCCUACGGCUCUGUUUUAUUGUGACUUUGAAAUGGGCUGGUGUCCUGGAUGGAACCAAAGCAGAUCUGAUGAACUUGACAUGAUAGUACAUAAAGGAUCAACUAAAACUAAAGGCACGGGCCCAAGUGUUGAUCAUACAAGAUUCAAUUCAUAUGGUCAUUAUGCGUACCUUGAAGCCUCCGGGUCUUCUUUCGGCGCUAGGGCGUGGUUUAGAACACCAUAUGUGCUUAUGAACAGCGAGCCAAAGUAUUGCCUACGAUUUUGGUACCAUAUGUUGGGCGUUGGAGUCGGCACUUUGAAAGUAUAUUGGAGCCCGCCAAAGAAAAUUGGCAACGCACCCGCCACCGUUUUCCUAAUCUCGGCAGCAGCAGGAUCUCAAAGCAGAAACGACACAGAUUGGAUUGAGAAAUCUGUCACAAUUCGUUCCCCAACCUCGUUUGGAUAUACUAAACCUGUUUACUUUGAGUUCCGCGCAGUGAGAGGUUAUUCUUACAAGAGCGAUAUUGCUGUUGAUGAUAUCAGUUUAUCUGUGGGUGAAUGUCAAAGUACUUGGGUUCCUCCGGCAGGAACUACGACGCUUUUUAGACACACGAUAACCGCCACACCAGGCACAACAACUACUCGUUCGUGGAUGGAAUCUCAUCCUGAUUACGAACGUUGUGGGUCGCAAUAUUACAACAAGCAAAACCAAAAGUGUUGUCGGGGUUUAAUUAAAAAUGGCGGUAGAGACACAUCGUGUUGCGGCACCAACGUUUAUAGACCUCAACACCAAGUUUGUUGUGGGGAUACCGUGAUUUGGCCCCGAAUGCAAGGUUGUUGUGGAAGUGUACCUUAUAUCUCGAUGUUCAGCGGUUGUUGCAAUGAAGUGGUAUAUUCUCGUAAUAGAUCAGUAUGUAGAGGUGGCAAUGUGGUUCCAAAAUCAUAACAAAUUUGUGUCAUUACUUUUAUUCUGCUAUUUGUCAAUUCUUUAAAUUUGUAUGUAUAUAAUCAAAGUUCGGCACAAAAUUAGAUCCUCUUGUGUUUCCGAAUAUUUUAAUUUCUAAGCACCGUAUAUCAGUAAAUACAGACGUGACCUCAAUUGCUACUUUGCCCAGCAACGAGUCUAGAGAAAGUGAUAUUUAACUACAUUUCAUACAACAUGCUUAUUAACGGUUCAGCCGGAUGUCAAGUUCGACUCGGUUCUGAAAUUACCAUCCUUCAAAAAUUUCGUCCAAGAUUUAAAACAAGUGUUACAAAUAAUCAGUAAGAUAGGAUAAAGCAUGCUGUAGAAUAUUGCCUUGAAAUAUUUAUAUAGCUUAAUUGUGCAACACGAGGUAAAUAUAGUAGGGUGAGAGAGGAUGGGACACCUUUUCAUUCUAUUUUCUCUUACCAUUUGGUAGUAAAGAAAGAAUAUUCAAACAAUUAUAGAACCGUAUUCUCACGACUCCCAUAAACUGUUGUUAAUUGUUUAAUUCACGAUCAGGAUAUUUGGAUAUUCUGUGCUAAAGGUUUCCCGUCUUCCCCCAACCUAUAAUAUAUAUCUAUAAAUUUAAUCAGGGUGCAAUAAUAAUUGUAAAUUGAAUCAUGAUUUUUUAAAAAUAAAUCUUGUAUAAAAUAAAAAAUGGUGUGUUGUUACUCAGAACCUGCACAAGCACAUACCUCGUCUGAGCUAUGACGAAAUAGUAAAUAAGUCGACCCAAUUUACAUUAAUAUUUGUUGGGGAAAUACAAAUUAUACCGCACAUCCAAAUCAUGUUGCAAACUAUCAUUAGUUCGUUUUGACGACAAACUGUGGAAAUGUAAAUUCCAGCGCAUAAUAAACUGUUACAAUUUA